GCCGGACUAGAGAGCUCCUCUCCGCGGCCCGCCCGGACCUGCCGAAGCGAGCGAUGGACCACGAGCGACUGCGCCCGGGGAUGCCCCUCUGAAGCGACGCGGGGCACCGGGGCAGAGCGGCGCCGCCUCUCCCCUGCUCCCCGGAUCCCCUCGCACCUCCGGCUCGCUCCCCGCUCCCCCUCCCUCCUCCCCGGGCUCCGCUGCCACCCCCUCACCUGCUGCCGUCCCCCUCCCCCGUGGAGCCGGGCUCUCUCCGUGCACGCCAAGCCCGUUCCACCCCCCCCUCGCCGCCAACUUCGCCCUCGGUGCCUGCGCGUGCAGCCUCCCCCCUCCGCCUCCCCGGCGGCACACGCCGCUUCCCCGGGCGCCCCCUCCCUCCGCCGCGGCUCCCCCCCUGCGCGGAGCGGUUGCGGCCCCCCAGCUUGGCUGCCACCGCCCCCUCCGCGCCGCGGAGCGCUCGGAGCGGCGCUGCCUGCAGACGGGCUCCCUGCGGCGCUCCGGGGCGGCCCCCAGCUCGGCCCCCCGCUCCUCCGCCAUGGACGGGGCGGCUCGCCGGGGGGUGCUGGCCGCGCUGCUGGCCUGCGGGCUGCUCCUGCUGGGCGCCGCGGCCACCCCGACCCCGCCGGCCCCCGCCGGCGGCUCCCCGCAGGACACAUGCACCUCCUGCGGCUUCCGGCGGCCCGAGGAGCCGGGCAAGGUGGACGGGGAUUUCCUGGAGGCGGUGAAGAGGCACAUCCUGAGCCGGCUGCAGAUGCGGGACCGGCCCAACAUCACGCACGCCGUGCCCAAGGCGGCCAUGGUCACGGCGCUGCGCAAGCUGCACGCCGGCAAGGUGCGGGAGGACGGCCGCGUGGAGAUCCCCAGCCUGGACGGGCAGGCGAGCGCCGGGCCCCCGGCCCACGACCCGGUCUCCGAGAUCAUCAGCUUCGCCGAGACAGACGAUCUGGCCUCAUCUAGAGUCCGCCUCUAUUUCUUCAUCUCGAAUGAAGGGAACCAGAACUUGUUUGUCGUUCAAGCCAGCCUGUGGCUUUACUUGAAGCUGCUUCCAUAUGUCUUAGAGAAAGGCAGCAGGCGAAAAGUAAGAGUCAAAGUCUAUUUCCAAGACCCGGACACUAGCAACAAGUGGAAUGUGGUUGAAAAGAAAGUUGAUCUCAAAAGAAGUGGUUGGCACACUUUUCCCAUGACAGAGGCGAUCCAGGCUCUGUUUGAGAGAGGAGAAAGGAGACUGAACUUGGAUGUUCAAUGUGAGGGCUGUGAAGAGUAUUCAGUGCUGCCAAUUUAUGUGGACCCCGGGGAGGAAUCCCACCGGCCUUUUUUAGUGGUGCAAGCCCGCCUCGCCGAUAACAAACACAGGAUCCGGAAAAGAGGCCUGGAGUGCGAUGGCAGGACCAAUCUAUGUUGCAGGCAACAGUUUUACAUUGACUUUAGACUCAUUGGGUGGAAUGACUGGAUCAUAGCACCAUCAGGUUACUAUGGGAAUUACUGUGAAGGGAGCUGCCCGGCCUACUUGGCCGGUGUCCCGGGGUCGGCUUCCUCCUUUCACACCGCUGUCGUGAAUCAGUACCGAAUGCGGGGGCUGAACCCGGGCACCGUGAACUCCUGUUGCAUUCCAACCAAACUUAGCACAAUGUCAAUGCUGUACUUUGAUGAUGAAUACAACAUUGUGAAAAGGGACGUUCCCAAUAUGAUUGUGGAAGAAUGUGGUUGUGCUUGAUUUAAGGUGUGUUUUAGGGGGGGAGAGAGAGAGAGAGAGAGGGAGAGAGAGAGAGAAACAUUCCCGUACAAGAUGGUGUUGGAGGAAGUUUCACUGUGUAUCCAGGCAUCAGUGUUGGAAAGUCACUGUGGAAAAGUUUGACAAAAAAAAAAGAAAAAAAAAGAAAAAAAAUAAUCAUUUCACUUUGGUGUCAGGACAGUGGCAGUUUGUGGAUCAUGGACACUUAUAUAUUCUAUCACUUAUAAGUUAAUGCUAUGAAAUAUCUUAAAGACACACACACGCACACACACAAAAUGUGGGCACACACACAAACACGCGCUCAUACACACAGACACAGACACACACACGCACAGACACACGAGGCAGCUCGGAGAAGGGACAUGAGCACAGAAAGUCAGUGACCAGUGACGACGGACCUAAAUGCCUGCCAGUACGAGUGAACUGCUGAGCAGCUGUUUCCCCGCCUGCCGGCGAAGCCAGACCGAAAUGAGCUCCCUUUGCUCAGGCAAAAGCACAGACUGUGAGAACACAACGUAUUCUUGCACGCAGGUGUCAAAAUGACCAAAAUUAUAAAUUUAAAAAUAAAACAAAAAAUAAAAAAAAAAAAAAAAAAAAAAAAGUUGACUGUCACCUCUUAGGUCUAACAGAAAGCUGCAGGACACCUGCCUUGGGAGGCGAUCACUUCCUCUUAAUUUAAAUUUAUCUAAACAAAAACAUCACAGAUACCCGCUUCUUCCUACAGCACUUCCAGCAAGGAAUUGCGUGGUUCCAUCGGGGAGAGAGAGAGAGAGAGAGAGAAAAGGGGACAGACAUGUAAGAAACUGCUGUGUUUCUAACACCUGGCCGUUGCGGAGUCACGAGCUGGGCUGGCGUGAUCCGAUGCUUUCACUGCCCACUAGCAACCCAUGGUUGGCUACACCCGCCGUGUCUUGGAAAAGGGAAUCGAUACCGUAUCUGGACUGUGUUGACUGUUGGCAUCUCUCACUGUCCGAAGAACAAAAAGUCAAAAGUUGCAAUCUGUGUUCUUCAGUGGGGGACUCAGCGAGGCUGCGUCACGUGGGGGACGAGCAAACAAGCGAUGGCCACCACGGCUAAACCAAUGAACCCUAGAGAGGAGUGACAGCGACAGAGUGGAGACGUUCUGGGAAAUGCAGUGCGUUUAAUAACAGGCGAGGAACAUUUUUACAAGUCUUGGAAAGGAGGAGAGAGGAGAGUGCUUUCAAUUUCCUUACCAGGAGGUGUCAAGGAUGGCCAUAAAGAUCAGAAAAUAAUGAUACAGCAUAGCACUUGCAAACUGCUUGAAUGCACGUAUAAUAGCACUUGCAAAUUUCAAUGCCUUGAAAAGUGGUACUUGAUAGUGCACUUAUCUUUGCUCACUAUCUAGGUAAACAGGUGCCGCAUGAGCUAUGCAAUUUAAAGUGUUGACCCAUACUAGACAAAACUGGACUUAUGAUAUGACUUUUUUAUAUUUUUUUAUACUUGAAAUUAAAUCUUUUGCUUCUUUUUUAAAGCGAAUGAUUGCUUUUAAUGUUUGCACUGAUUUAGUUGCAUGAUUAGUCAAAAACUGCCAUUUGAAAAAAAAAUGUUAUUUUUAUAGCAGCAAAAAAUGAAUACAGUUAAAUGUAUUAUACAUAAAUUUUGGAACCAAAGAGGCCAACAUAUUAGUUAUAAUUUUUAUGAGAUGGCAAAGCCAUCAUAUAUCAUGUAGUCAUACUGAGCAAUCCCUCACGAGGCCUACCAAUUGUUUCAGGGUACAAAAUGGAUUCUGUUUGUUCUAUUCAGUGUCUUUUCUAUACCAUACGCACAUGGAAUGUAGAGUGAAAAAAAAAGUGACUAUUGUAGAAUACAUUACAAUAUGUGCAUCCUUUAAAUCCAAUUUUUAUGUUUAUUUAAUAAAGUUCCUUUUAGGUUCUGUUCCAUAAUAAUUUAAAACCAAACAAUUUUCACUUAGAUUUGCUGUUGAAGUAUUUUACAUUUGUGUACAGUUUAAAUAAAUAAAAAAGAUUGAAA